AGGGGAAUCUUCUGUUGGUUCUUCUAACUGUAUUCUUAAUAUUUUCGAGUAGAAACCACGUGAUUUUUUUCUGUCGUUGUUUUUGCUUCUAUCUUUUCAAUCAAUUAUAUUGAAUUUACAAUUUGUUCGAAAAUGGAGAAUCCCAAAUCGGAGGAUGGUGGUUAUGAUGUUGUUGUUAUUGGUUCUGGAUAUGGAGGUUCGGUUGCUGCAUGUCGAAUGUCCAUAGCAGGGUUUAAGGUUUGUUUGUUAGAGAAAGGGCGAAAGUGGGAAGCACAGGACUUUCCGACCGAUAGUUUCAAGAUGUUGUCUGCUGUCAGGGUGGAAAACAGAAACGUAGGAAUCAAUUUCGGUCCGAAAGAUGCUCUGUUUCAGGUACAUCUACAAGAUGAUGCUGCAGCAGUAACUGCAUGUGGCUUAGGUGGCGGUUCACUAAUAAAUGCAGGAGUGCUGUUGUCCACGUCAGCUCGUGCUCGAAGAAAUCCCAGAUGGCCAAAAUCUUGGGAAGAAGAUUGGGAAAAGUGCGAGGCUUCUGCUCUACAGAUGCUAAGGGCACAGAAAAUUCCAUUGAAAUUUCAGAACUCCAAGAUUAUGGAAGGUGUCUUAGGCGAAGAAUUCGAUAAGAGCAUCAACAAUAACAUGAAAGUCAGCAUGAAUUUCGAUAUCGAACAGGUUUCUGAUUCAAGGGUGUCUCAAGAAACCGGAAGCUGUCUAGCGUGUGGGAAUUGUCUUAGUGGCUGUCCUUACAAUGCUAAAAAUUCGACCGAUCGAACUUAUCUUGUAUCUGCUAUCCAAGCAGGAUGUACAAUUAAAACAGAAUGUGAGGUUCAAUAUGUGUUAAGUAACAAAGAAAAUACAUGCAACAAGGACGGAAGAUCGAAAAGAAGAAGCGAGCGUCGAUGGCUUGUAUUUCUGAAUGAAUUCGACUAUAUAGCAUCUGAUAUAGUUAUACUCUCAGCUGGAGUAUUCGGUACAGCAAAAAUACUUUUUCAAUCCCAAUUAAGAGGAUUAGCUGUCUCGGAGAAGCUUGGCUCAGGAUUGAGCUGCAAUGGCAAUAACGUCGCCUAUGUAGCUGAAAGCUCGGCCCCUUUAAAUGCUAUUGGACUAAAUAGGAAUCAGUUUUCGAAUAUACCUUUUCAAGAAAGACCAGGGCCUUCGAUUUCUUCGGCAUAUACUUCAUUGGGAUUCACCAUUCAGAGUGCAGUAAUUCCAACAGCCUAUCCAAGCUUCCUAUUUAAAGGAAUAACAACCUACGGAUGGCAAUCUAGCUACUGGCUCUUACACGGCAUAACAGACAGGAUAAAGCGUGUACUAGGUUCGAAGAGCGGGCAAGAAAUAAUUCUCAAUGCAAUGGGACAUGAUGACAGCAGUGGGAAACUCACGUUCGAAAAAGAAACAAACAGAAUUCUCUUUCAGCCACCGCACGAUCAUUUGCUGCCGCGAAAAAUCGAGGCUUUCGAAAAAAUCGCCAAGAAAAUAGGAGGAGUUCUCUUCAUGUCAAAAUAUAGGAGCACCUCGGUACAUCUCUUAGGAGGGUGCAUUGCUUCAACGGAUGUCUCGUCUGGUGUCUGUAAUCCGAACGGUCAAGUUUUCGAUACAACGAGUCCGAGUGGGGUCCACUCUGGACUUAUAUUUGUGAUGCCUCGUUAUUACCGUGUUCUAUUGGAAUCAACCCUUGUCUCACUGUUGCUUCAGUUGCUGAGCAUGUAAGUAGACAACUUGUCAAGGACUCU